AUGUCCCUGUUAAGCAGCAAUCCCAACGACCACGACUACGGUCAGAACCAACAGCAAGUCGGGGAAAGCAACACUCACAAUGAUAUAUCGGAUUUCUUCUCUUCUGAUAAUUUCACUUCAGCUUUGGAUCCAUCCUUAUUCGCCUUAGCAGCGCAAGUACAGGCCGUAGCUCAUGCUCAAGCUCAAGGGAUCGAUAUAGAUUUCAAUAUCGAUCCAACCUUCAUAGAUCCCAUAUUCCCCUCUCAUGAAAACGUGGAUGUGGGACCGAUCGAUCCGAGUUUACUUGAAAUUGCUCAAGUGGUGGAGGAUGUAAAUAAAGGAAAGAUCAAAUUGGAUGAACCAACACCGCAGACUCAACCCCAACCCCUCGCUCAAGCUCAAACUCAAACUCAUACUGUACCGGAAGUCAAUACGGCGAAUGGUACUUCAGCGGAAGGGGAGGGUAUACAUUUGGAUGUGGAGAUUGAUCCGACGUUGAGGGAGAUUGUGAACAGUUUGACCAAUGCUCAGCAGUCCUCACAUAUCAACGGCCAAAGUCUGUCCCACGCCCAAGCUGCCGCUGCGAUCGGUGCGCAUCUCACAGAUGCAGAGGAGAGAGAAAGGUUGCAGCAGAGUCUGCAGACGACCCUGGAGGAUUUGACUCAAGCUAGUUUCAACUCACUGUUCCCUCCAAACUUCCCCCAGUCACCCUCUAAUAAUUUCCUCAACCUCGCUCCUGAUACCGCAAUCCUCAAUGAUCCCUCUCGACAAGCUGAGCCAUCAACGCAUGAACCCACACCAGUCCCAUCCAAUGGCCAGCACGAAGAAUACGGGAGUAAGCGAGGACGAGGACGUGGUCGACCAAAGGGUUCUAAAAACAAACAUAAAGCUGUACCUAUACCUAAGGUGCCCAAGGGUCCCAAACCACCUUCGAAGCCUAAAGGACGACCACCGAAGGAACGUAAUCCGGAGGAACAAGCGGAUUACGAAUUACGUAGACACGAGCGUGCGAUGGGUAUCAAAAGGAGGAAAGGUAGGCCGAGGAAGUUCCCAGGUUAUCUGGUUAGGGAGAUGAGGUUGAAGAAGAACCGAAAGGAAUUUAAUGAGUUGUUAAGGAAUUAUCAAUUGAACAAACCGGAUGGAGAAGAUGAUAGUGAAGAUGAAGACGAGGAUGAAGACGAUGAAGGAGGAGAGUAUCAAGGGGAAGGAAUACAAAUUCAGAAUCUGGAUCAAAUGAGGAUGAUGAUGGAUGUGGAUGUUGAAAAUAUGACGAAUGGUAUAAAUCAAGCUCUUCAAGUGCACAACGACAAUGAUAAUAAUGAUCAUAACGAUAAUAUCAAUUUGGGAAUCCACACUCAUCAUCAUCAUCAACAGCCACAACAACAAGCACGGCAUCACCAUGAUGAUCAUGAUAAUGUGAAUGUAUUUGGGAAUUGGUCGGUAGUUCAAGAUGGACAAAGUUUGUUGGAUGUGGUCAAUGGAGUUGGAGGGGUGAAUGAUCAUACGAUGGAAGGUGUAUUUGGAUUGAACCAUUGA